GAAUGAGAGCUAUAGUGGGUAUCGAUGAGAGUGAGGAGAGCUUCUAUGCUCUGCAAUGGGCGGUGACUAACCUUUUCAGUGCCGGUGGGGAACCAAACAUGGUGACUCUUGCUCAUGUUCACCAACCAUCCAAGCGCUAUGGGGUGGCUCCUUCUGCCAUCCCCGCCGGAGUUGGAGUUACUGUUUUCCCAUCAACAGCGGUGGGGGAUUCAGAAAGGAAAGCUGAAGAACAGGCUUCAGCUUCUAUACUGUCACAGGCUUUGGAGAUAUGCAGCAACAAGGUGAAAGCAGAAACAGUGAUAGUGGAGGGGGAUCCUAAGGAUAUGUUAUGUGAAAUCAGUGAGCACAUGAAUGUUGACCUCCUUAUUGUUGGCAGCCGUGGGCUUGGAAGGAUCAAAAGGGCAUUUUUGGGAAGCGUGAGUGACUACUGUGCACACCAUGCAAAAUGUGCAGUCCUGAUUGUGAAGCCACCCACCAAGGACUAAAUUAAUGGCCCAUUCAACAAUCUUAUCUUCUUCUUCUUGAGUAAUGUGUUAUAUAGGACAUCUGUAUUGAGUGAUGUGUUUGCUUGUAACUCUGUAUCUGUACUGCAUAUGUUUAUAUUUUUUCGAAUUGAGUGGACUGCUUGUAAGCUGAUGUGGCAAUGGAAUAGAAUAUUG